AUGUCAUCAUCGCGACUGCUCCAACCCCCAGCCGAACUUCGCAACUCCAUCUACCAACUCUGCGUCGCGCAACGUCAGACAGAUCCCGUAGACCUCCGCCAUGCUACGCCACCCUCAAAAGCUUUCCUCUUGACCUGCCGGCAGAUCCACGAAGAAGCCCAGGGUCUCUACCGAAGCGCCUACCGCAACUACUGGCGCACUUUGCGCUUCAUCAUCGAGUGUGGCCACAACACUCAUGCCAAACUGGACAAGACGCUCAUCUCUCGGAUUCCGACAAUCGAUCUCGAACACAUCCAACACCUCACAAUCACCCAAGAGUGCGGAGGCGAGGAUAGCGAGCACAGACACGUAGCCUUCAGCGCUACACUCCUCGCUCGAACCAACGUGUGGCGGAUCGAUGCGACAGUCACUCUCCCGAUGCUUGGAAGUUUAACAAACACCGCUCAUGGCAUCUUUGAUUACACAAAGAAAGGUCGCAAGUUCUUCAGGAAAGUUGAGAUGAAAGGAGAAGGGACGAGCGAGCAGGAGGUCGGAGCAUCAAAAUUCGCUAUGAAGGAGCAGAUUUUCUGCAUGCUGCGGAAGUUGGACGCCGCUGCUCGACCUGUUCGCGGACUGGGCUGA